AUGAAUUCUCUAUAUAAACCCAGCAUUACUAACCUUCUCAACCCAUCCUUCAUUCUUCAAUCUUCAAUCUUCAAUCUUCAAUCUUCAAUCUUCAUUGAUUCAAUCAAAAUCAAUCAAAAGAUGCCUCCUAUUGUUGUCAGAAUUGGUGGUGGCGAUGACCCUAACUACACUUCUAAGACGACACUCUAUGUCGUAUUUGCAUGUAUCAUAGGAGGCAUAGGUGGUUUGAUGUUUGGUUAUGAUAUCGGUAUCUCUGGUGGUGUGACAUCCAUGGCUCCCUUCUUGAGUGAAUUCUUUCCUUCAGUUUAUCGAAAGAAAGCAUUAGAUACCUCAGCCAGUCAGUACUGCAAGUUCAACGAUCUUACUCUUACUACUUUUACAUCUUCUUUAUACCUGGCUGCACUGGUUGCUUCCCUCUGUGCAUCAUGGAUCACCAGCAAACUCGGUCGAAGAAUGUCCAUGGUUCUCGGUGGUUUUGUUUUCCUGGCCGGAGCUGCUCUCAAUGGUGCUGCUCAGGCUGUCUGGAUGCUUAUUCUCGGCCGUAUCUUGUUGGGUAUUGGCGUUGGCUUUUCUAUUCAGGUAUGCUUAAUUUUGUCGUAUGAAUCAUUAAUGUCUCUCUUCUCUUCAUAUCCAUAUUGA